AGCACCGACUUUAGACAGAGCGCGCGCAUGCGUGCGUUGUAUAUUGUUUAUAUUCCAUUCACUCACACUGUGACGACGCGCUGAACGUGGAAGUUGUGUGUGAUGUUGUAAACUUUUGUUUUUUUUUCGUAUUCCGUCGACCACUAAACUUGCUUCUUUACCCAGCGUUUACCUGCAAGUGUUUAACUUUUGUUAUCAAUUGUGAUCUUCAUUUGUCUUUUAUACGUCUGUUAUAAGUAAAAGCAAACUUGUUAGAUAUUACGUUCAGUGAAAUCUCUGCCGAGUGAGGUCCAGAUGUUAGAAGAAACGGCAAUAACCUCGUUUUGUGUCAACAAAUAAUAAUAAACAGUGAUCGGGACAAGUUACACUGUGCGUUCGGAACAAAAAGUGAUGAAUUAAAAGAUGUUCUAAACUGGAAAUCCUGCCCGAGAAUGGGUUUCGUUCGUUCAUAUUGGAACGUGAAUAUUGUUGCGACUUCACCUACAUAACAUUUAUGGUUAGCAAUCAAAUAUAACAAUGUGGUCGACAGUCCACAAGGUAGCCGCGUUGAUACUGCUCAGUGCGUUAAGCAAAGGAGAACUGCCUGAGGAUGACUUCAGGAUAAUACACAGACAAGAUCUCCUGACUCCAGACCACAGCGACGUAUUCGAAGAUACCAGUACCGGAUCGUUUUCGCAACUGUUAUUCGAUGUGGCAAGGGACCAGGUUCUCGUGGGCGCAAGGGAUGCCCUCUACCGGUUAUCAUUACGAGGCCUGGGAGUAUUGGAGCGCGCUGAUUGGCUAGCUCCCUCGGAGAAGACGAAGAUGUGCCAAGUUAAGGGGCAGACAGAAGAGGAUUGUCGGAAUUAUGUCAAAGUGCUGCUGUCACAUGGGCAUAAGCUGUUCGCGUGUGGGACUCACGCUUUUAGUCCAGUUUGCAGUUGGCGGGAGAUCGAGUCGAUAAACACGGUGACGGAGUGGGUGACGGGGGUCGCAAACUGUCCGUACAACCCUCACUCCAACGUGACAGCAAUUCUGGCCAGCAAUGGAGAGUACUACGCAGGCACGCCAACUGACUUCGCCAGCUCUGAUACAGCUAUAUGCAGGAGUCGCGGCGCAGCCAUCAGGGAGGCGGGCACGCUACGCACGACCCAGUACGAUCUAAACUGGUUGAACGAACCCCAGUUCGUCGGCAGCUUCGAAGAUGACAACUUCGUCUAUUUCGUGUUCAGAGAGGUCGCUGUGGAGUUCAUGAAUUGCGGGAAGAUAAUCUACUCACGAAUCGCCCGCGUGUGCAAGAACGACCCCGGCGGCUACCUGGUCAUGAAAGACAGUUGGAGUACAUUCCUCAAGGCUCGCCUCAAGUGCUCCGUGCCUGGGGAUGUGCCUGGCGACGUGCCCUUCUACUACGACGAGGUGCAGAGCGUCGAGUAUCUGCCGCAGGAGAAGUUACUAGUGGCUACGUUCACGACGCCAGCUAAUAGCAUAGCUGGCAGUGCUGUUUGCAUAUACAGCAUGGGAGACAUCACAGCGGCAUUUGAAGGACCUUACAAGGUACAAGACAGACCGACAUCCACCUGGGAACCAAGAGCGCCGUCGAAGCAAGCACGGGACCACUAUAAAUGUGUACCAGAUUCCAGAGUACACGAAGCCAUCGAGUACCAUCGCUAUCAGCUAAUGUACGAGUCAGUGCAACCGUUAUCAGGAGAGCCAGUCUACAAAGUGACGUCAGAACGUUUCACCCACGUGACCGUUGACGUCACUAGCGCCAAGAAUAUCGAGAGGCAACUAGUGUUGUAUGUGGCAACACAAGCUGGUUAUAUACUGAAGUUGUCGGUGUUGCCAAUGUUGGAUGGCGCGUGUUUGGUGGAGAGGUGGAAUUUGAAUGGAAAGAACAGUACUUUUGAAGUUCUGACUAUGCAGUUUGUUAAAGAUACCAUGUCAGUAUACGUAGGCGGUGCUAGCAGCGUAGUCCGUGUAGUAGGGGCUCGUUGUAGCCGGUUCACGAGCCAGUCUGGGUGCGUGCUGGCCGGCGACCCUCACUGCGGCUGGGACGACGCUAGAGACCAGUGCGUGGCUGCCGCGGGACGGAUAGCGGAUCCAGCCUUUAAACAGGCGACCGAGGCAUGCCCAGCAACUGAUUCACCAGUUGACGGUGGCUGGUCGAGCUGGUCUGAGUGGGAGCCAUGCAUGCAGGACGGGACAUCAGUCUCGCUAUACGACGACACGGCACCUGAUAUGUGCAAGUGUAGGACGAGGAGGUGUGACAACCCUAGACCUGUUAACGGUGGCCAGGCGUGUCAAGGUGCCAGUAUAUCAGUAACGAACUGCACGGUCCACGGCGGCUGGUCGUCCUGGUCGGGCUGGUCCAAGUGUUCAGCGUCAUGCGGUAUCGCCAUCAAGUCCCGGCGCCGCACCUGCUCCGCGCCCGAGCCCAAGUUCGGCGGACGAGUGUGUGUGGGGCUAGAUAUCGAUGAUGUGUACUGCAAUCUGCCGCCUUGUCCAGAUCCAAACCUGGCUGCAAUAGACGGCGGAUGGUCCGAUUGGGGUCCCUGGUCAACUUGCACAGCUGGCGGCGGAGCGGGCUGCGGGGUCGCCGCUGGUACUCGAGAAAGGAAGCGAACGUGUACCAACCCGCCACCGAAGAACGGAGGGGCGCUGUGUGAGGGGCUGAGCACUGAGAGGGCAGCCUGUGAUCUGCCGCCUUGUGAGGUCAGGAAGGCUACUGCUUGGACGCCCUGGGUGCAGAUACCUGGAAACGACUCAGAUGGAAGUUACACGGAAAAAAGAUUUAAAUUCCAAUGCCGAGCGCCAUCACCAGAACAGUUGAAGUUAUCCCUAGUCCGCGAAGAUGAGCGUUACUGUACGUCUCGAGGCCGCUGCAGCAGUGAGAGGGAGGAGGAGUCUGACUGGGAAGCGUGGGGCGCGUGGGAGGCGUGCUCGGCGGCCUGCGGCGGCGGCCAGCAGGCGCGGCGCCGCGGCUGCGCGCGCCCGCCCUGCCGCGGCGCGCCGCACAUGCUGCGGGCCUGCAACACGCAUGCCUGCACCGGCGAGUGGUCAUGCUGGAGUGAGUGGAGCGAGUGUAACGGGGAGUGCGCGGGCAGCGCGUCCAGCGCGGCGGGACACCGCACGCGCACGCGCAUGUGCGUGUCGCCCGAGGGCUGCGCGGACGCGGGCGCCGCGCUCGAGAGGCGCGUCUGUGUCAAUAACUGUGCUGACACAGAAGCAGGGUGGGGUGAGUGGGGAGCAUGGGGCCCAUGCGUUAGCGGCGAGCGCGUCCGUCGAAGAGCCUGCUUGGCGGGCGCCUGCGUGGGAGCACAGCUACAAGUCGCGCGCUGUGCUGGAGAUGACGAUAUCGAUAAUGAAUUAAACGCAAUGCCUGCGUACAGUCAAAACGUAGAGAUGGCAUCAUUCGUCACAAUGUCUAGCAAUGAAACGCUGAGCCUCGGCGGAAUAAUAGGCUGUAUAGUAGCGGCCUUCGUCAUGGGUUGCCUAGUCUGCCUGGCUAUCGUAAUAGUGUGCCAGCGUCGCGGGACCCGCCUGCCCUGGCACCGCCAGAACCGCGUGCCCUCCAGCCCGCACUACAUCACGGCGAAACAGAACAGCUACGUCACUGUGCCUUUGAAGGAAGUUCCCCGCAAAGCAAAACGCCAGCCCUCCUUCACGGGCAUCGGCGGCACAAGCGGCAUCCUCCUAUCAAAAAGCAACAACAUCUCCAACGCGAACAACCACAAUACAGCGUUAACAACCCCUAAGCUAUACCCUAAGGCCAUAGCUAACGAAUACGACUCCCUAGGAACGCUGAGAAGACAUUCCAAUCAACCAAAUAAUAAGAAUAAUUUGGAUAUUGAAGAAGAUAAGUUCUAUUGAAAGUAAGGUAUGUAUCACAGUGUUUUGUUAACCGAAGUGUCGAUUGCCGAUGGAUGACAAGAAACAUGUUCAGUGUUAAAUAGAAGAACGGUCAGACAAUUUAAAGUCGGUUGGAAAUGAUGGUUACUUCUUAAAUGACAAUAGACAAGGAUAAAGGUGUUUUAAUUGUGUAAGAAGAGCAUUCAAAUGGAUUAGAAUUGUCGUCAUGGUAAAGUUUGUCCAUUUACGCCCAGCCUAUCUUGACACAUAUCAAUAAGUGUAUAUUGAUUUGAAUGUUUGGUAUUUUUGACUGAUGACGUUUCUAUGAAUAUUGGUCCCAGGUUUUUGGAUAGCUGGUGAGCACAAAGAUCAAUUAUUAUCUGUAAAGCCCCAUUACAAGUGCUGUGAUUGGUUAGUUGUAGUUUGGUCAACCAGACAGUUGUUAUCAUUAAUUUGAUAACGGAAUAAAUUAAACUUUAGAAACUUGGUCUCUAUUUAAACAGUAUAAUAGAAACGUUACGAACUUAAACAGUGUAUGAUGUGCCUUGUGUAUGUAAGUCGUUGGUUUUUGAAAGACAGUUGAAUAUUUCAACGAAAUGCUAUGAGACGGCUGUUAUUGAAACCCAGUGUGAAACGGAUAUUAAAUAGACAACGGAAUACGUGUUUUCAAAAAAACAUGUUUGCAAAUAAUAUCUUAAGUCUAUAAUUUUUUUAUUAGAAUUUUACCUAAACUAAAAAAACAUUUGAGGCUGUAUGACAAUGCCUUUGCCAGUGACUAAAAUAUAACUAAGUGCCUGAUAUAGUUCCUUACGAAUUCAAAUUCAAAUAAUUCGAUUAUUAAAUUCAAAUUCACAAAAUAGAAGUGAUUGAACAAUGUAACGAUUUCCAGACAAUUGAUGUUACAAAUUCAUAUCGAUUCUAAUGAAAUCGAUACUCCUUAAUCGAUUAUUAUCCCUCCAAAAUUAUUUAUAUUUUAAUAUUUAAAUUUUGUUUUGACAUUUGUAUACCUGGUGUAUGCAUAGUUUUGUGACGAGUGUUUCGGACUGUGAUUGCAGUUAUAAAUGAUUAAUGUAUAUUGAUGUUUAUGCUUGGAUUAUUAUAUGUGAUUUUUGUUUUAUGAAGUAUUUAAAUAAAUGUUAAUGUUGUUGAAAAAAAAGCGGUAAUCGGCUAAAUGUGGUUUAAAAAUACACGAACAGCCUGAAUACUACUUUUUUAAUGAAGUAUUGUGUAAAUACAUACAAGUUUGCAUUUAUUUAAAUAUAUAUAAGAGAAAAUGUUAUAAUUUAAAUACCCUCAGUUUAGUUAAUUCUAUGUUGCAGAAUGUUAUUGCCAGAAUUUUUAUUUUAAUGAAUUUUAGUUUUUAAUUAUUUUGUAUUAUUACAUUAUUAUGCUAUAGUUAUAUUUUUGUACAGAAUUUUAGUUAUAUUGUAGACUUUAUUAGAUUUCUAUAUAGAAUGAAAGGUUUUUACGAUGUUAUGAAUUGCUAUGCAACUUAAUAGUUAAAGCUAUGAAAGUUGUAAAUUUUGUGAACUAAUAAACUUUAUAGCGUGUUCACAAUGACGAGUUUAUGACUGGCAGAAACAACGAUAUUUGAUCGUAUAUCGUUUCCAUGAAAAUAUUUUAUGUUAGAUACUGCGGAGGAAUAUGGGUUCGCUGGUAAAAUAUCUAUCAUAGAUUUGACCACAAAACUACGUUAUAUACGUGUUUUAUAGCCUUUAUACAAUAUUGGUUGUGAAAAUAAUAUUUUAUUAACAUUAUAUUUUCAAUGAAUGACAAUUAUUAUACUCGUAAAAAUGACAACUGAUUUGAAAGCAGAUCGUAAUGAAUUUUGAUUAUAAAAUCCUUAAAUUAUUUAUUUCAUAAAAGAUUUAAUUUUUAGUUACUUAAAGAAACCAGAAAAUAUCCUACGCGGGGAAAGAACCUGCGACAAGCCGCGCAUAGAGAGUUUAGAGCGGUAGCCCUAAUCCCCUAUGAUGGAUAUUUCACCAGAAAAUGAUAGUUAUAAGUAAUGUGAUUAAAUCUUAGGCCGUAGAUAAAUGAAUCAAGUGCCAUUCUACUAAAACUGUAAAAAUAACCUGUGCCCAGUGUAUUAGAUGUAAUUGUAAAGGAGUUGUACGACAAAGCCAAGUAUGUGCCAUGUAAAUAAGUAGGUAUUAAUACUGUAAAUAUAAUUAAAUAUCCUUAAGCAGUACAAAUAGAGGUGCCUUCACAUACAAUAAUUAUAACUAAACUGUAUACAGAAUGUAUUUACAAUAUAUUGAUAUAUUAUUUACAUUAUAUACGUAUUAAAGUGAAUGUAUGUCCGUGUUCAUAGAAAUUAAUUGUCUAUUGUCUAUAAAAAUACUUGCUUACUUUAUUGCUACUAAAAUGACGUACGAAAAUUUGCUAGUUCAAAUUGUUCUAAAGAAUUGAAAUGAUCAUGAACCUUGUACCAGUUUAAAAUUUUAAUUUAUGGUUCUUUGAGCUAGACGGCCUUAUACUAAUCAUAGUGGCGUCUCGCUUCCAAAAAGGAAAUCUUUUAGAUCUCGUUGAAACAGCACUGUACGUAAUUGAAAAAAAAA